UGGAAGUGGCUGUGGCCGGAGCCGGGCAUCACCCGCGGCGCCUCCACUUCAGCCUUCUCCUCUCCUCUCCCACGCCCCCGAUCCGCGGGAGCUCAGCUCAUCCCCGGAGUGGCCCUUGGCUGUCUUGGGCCGGGACCAGAACAAUGUUGGUAAUGCAGACGAUGUACUUGAUCUGAAAAAUUAAGAGUUUUUGUGCAACUCUAGUCUUUUCAUCAGGAAUGGUUGGACAUACUCUAUUUGAUUUUUGGUGCAUUUCCCCCCUGUAGAAUUAUACUUCGUUUUGCUGGGAUUUUGAAGUAAAGAGAUCUUUUCAUUCAACAAUGGCAGGAAAAUCAUCACUUUUUAAAGUAAUUCUCCUUGGAGAUGGUGGCGUUGGGAAGAGCUCUCUUAUGAAUAGAUAUGUCACUAACAAAUUUGAAAGCCAGCUGUUCCACACAAUAGGUGUGGAAUUUUUAAAUAAAGACUUGGAAGUGGAUGGACACUUUGUAACCAUGCAGAUUUGGGACACAGCAGGUCAAGAACGAUUUAGAAGCCUGCGAACACCAUUUUACAGAGGUUCUGAUUGUUGCCUUCUUACUUUCAGUGUAGAUGACUCUCAAAGUUUCCAGAACUUGGGCAACUGGAAGAAAGAAUUCAUUUAUUAUGCAGAUGUCAAAGAACCUGAAAGCUUUCCUUUUGUGAUUUUGGGUAACAAGAUUGAUAUAAAUGAAAGACAGGUUUCUACAGAAGAAGCCCAGGCCUGGUGCAGGGACAACGGCAACUAUCCUUACUUUGAAACAAGUGCAAAAGAUGCCACAAAUGUUGCAGCAGCUUUUGAAGAAGCUGUUAGAAGAAUUCUUGCUACUGAGGAUAGGUCAGAUCACUUUAUUCAAACAGACACAGUCAAUCUUCACCGAAAGCCUAAGCCCAGUUCAUCUUGUUGUUGACUGUUAAAAAGCUUUGCCAAUGUAGCUCUAAUCAACUCAUUUACAAAAUGGGGCAGGGAAAAUGGGAGGAAGGGGGUCAUAGAAUAAAGGUCCAGCAAGUCCAAUUCUAAUAAUAAAAUUUAAACUAAUCUACUGCUGCUUCAUUAGAAGGUGGAAGGGAAAAUAUUCAUUCUUUGAGUAACCUAUUUACUAAAAGCACAUAACAUUUAUAAAUAAGGGUGUAAAAACAAAUGGUUACUUAAAUUUUAAUGUGUUAACUCACAUAGCUAAUAAUCAAAUGAAUAAUUAUAAUUAAAAUGAAAACUUGAAUUUCUAGAAGCACUACUUGGAUUAUUUUUUUCCCCUAGAAUUCAAAUGGAGACCACAUUUUUGUAUGUAUAUAUUUUUACAAAAUUACCAUUUCAUUUUUGGUUCAUUGAAAACACAUUUUUAAAAUGCUCAAUAUUAAAGAUUUAAAUCACAAAAUUACCUUGGACUUGAGUGAAACUUUAUUUAACUUUUUAUCUGAAUUGUAUGAGUAUAAUGAUAUAAGGCAAAAACUUGGGAUAUAACAUUGUUUUUCUUCUUAGAUGUCAGUACUGACUGACUUUAAAAAGAACAAAGAUUAUUAUUACAAAGUAUCUGGAAAUGUAACUAUCUGUGAUAGUCUCUAUUUUAAAGAGAAAUCUAUUUUUAAAAGAAAUUGGUAUAGCCUUUACUUUCAUUGAACUUUUAGUGCUGUGGUCAAGGACAUUCUGCUUUUACUCUUAAGGGGGAGAGAUUAAAUUGGUAGUAUUGCCUUAUGGGUGUUAUCCUUAGAGCAGAGAUAUAUAGCUUUUCUAAUAACUUUGUUAAGAACAAAUAUGCUACAUAUUUUGGAAUUAUAUAUGCAAAAACCAAUAAAAAGAAUAAAAAUGCAGACAGUGAA